ACAACUGUAUUGUUUGUGAUGCACAAGCUGUGAUUUCAAACAUGUCAAGAGAAUCAGGUGAAGACUCUGGGACUGAAGUUAUAAGUAUGGAUGUCAACGAUGGCGAUCCGGGUCAAGAUGAGGCAAACGUUGAUGAAUGCAGUCACUCAUUAGACAGCGGGCCUGAGGAAAUCCACAAGAAUGCUGAGGAAACUAACGAGGGUGCUGAGGAAGCUACCGAGGGUACAGACCAAACCUUGAGGCUAGAGGUCUACUCAGAUGACGCAAAUGAUAGUACUCCUGUUUCCGUGCCCUUCUCAAAAGCCGAGAUGAAGAAGAAUGUCUCCUCGAAAGGCAAGACCAUUGUGAAGCAGAAGAAGGUGUUGAGGCACUCCCAUUCAUCCCAUAUAGAGAUCAGGAUCGAAGAGGACAGCAUUGGGUCCGAAGAUGAUAAGACCAGACAGGAAAGUUCACUUGAAGAUGUCGACAACGGCAGCGUUUUGAAUAUAGAGGUCAGCUGCUCAAAUAAUGCCGCAAGUGAAAAUGGGGAUCUUGAUAAGGUCUACAGCUCAGUCUUGUUCAGCUGUAAUAAAUGCAGCUUUUGUACGAGUAAACUCAGUGAAUUAAAGCUUCACGCUCUGACGGAGCAGCAUGAGACUGUAGACACAUCUGAGAAUGAACUUGAUGAUGAUAAUGAUUCGGAUGAGAACCUUCGGAUAGAAUACGCCUGCUCAAAGUGCUCCUUCAAAACAAACCGCUUCCUCACCUAUAGGGAGCAUCUGCUGACUCACACAAAAAUCAGCGGCAACGAGCUCUUCAAAUGCCUGGACUGCGAAUACACGACUCGCCAUAAGUACAACCUCAAGACACACUUGAAGAGGCACACCAAGAUCGAAGAGCUGUGCGAGGACGAAGUUUUCCGCUGCGAGAAGUGCGACUACGUUUCCCCGUACAAGCAUGACUUGAUGACCCACAUGAAGAAACAUGAUCCUGAGAAGCCGUUCCAGUGCACGGAAUGUGACUUUAUGAGUAUCUACAAGCACAGCUUGAUACAUCACAUGAGGUCCAAACACGAGAAGCUACGACCGUUUAAGUGUGACCAGUGUGACUAUUGCUCGGCACGGAAGCAGGAUCUGGCUACACACAUGGGCCGUCACGCAGAAGUGAAGAAGUUUAAGUGCGAUCGUUGCGAUUACGCCACACCCUACCGAGUCAGCUUCAAGGCCCACAUGGACAGACACCUCGGUAACAAACUUUUUAAGUGUGAACAUGAGGGAUGUGAAUUUGCCACCACCACGAAGCAGAACUUGAAAUCUCAUGAGCUACGACACGCCACAGUGAAACCCCUAAAAUGUACCCUGUGUGAUUUUUCUGCUACACAUCGCCAACAGAUGAUCAACCACGAGGUAAAGCAUGGCUUGUCCGACGGAGUAACGCGAACCUACAAGUGUAUCUCCUGUGAGUACACCACAGGGCACAGGUACAGUCUACAACGCCACAUGAAGCGCCAUAAAGCAGACCGCAAGAUGCCGGACAAGGACUUCAUAUGCUCCAUGUGCGGAUACUCCACGGGGUACAAGAACAGUCUCAAGCGGCACAUGGCUAAACAUUCCGACGUCAAGCCGUUCAAGUGUGGACACUGCGAGUACUCAGCUAUCAAUAUGACGCAGAUGCAUGUUCAUAUUGCAAAGCAUACAGGAAUAAAGCCCUUCAAAUGUGACUUGUGCACCUAUGCAACCGCUAACAAGCAGCACCUAGUGGGUCACAUGGCUAAGCACUCCACUGUACGUCUAAACUGCACAAAGUGCGAGUUCUCCACAGCCUGGAAGCAAAGACUGAGAGCCCACCUCAAGGCCCAUGAGAUGGGUACACUACAUCAGAAGAAAGAUCCCGAAGCAAACGCAGGAAGCGAACAGGAAGAUGCCAGGAGGGACGGUGUGGACGAGGGAACGUCGGAUAAGGAUCAAGCUCUGAGUGAAAUCUCCAGCGCCAUUGAGGACUUCCAGAAAAACCACACUAAAGAGAUAAAGGACCUCAAAGCUAACAACAAUGUUCAUGAAAACGAAAGUGCCUCAGAUAGUGAUGUUGAGAUGCAUGCUACAAGUCAAACAGCCGCUGUUUGUAACAAGGACGGUAAUCUUGAACAAGUUGGAGAGGUACAGCUCAUAGACGAAGAUGGGAACAAGAUGUCGGCGACUGUCCAAUGCAUCAACGGGAAGCAGACCAUUGAAAUCCUAGUGGGGAACGGCAUCAAACAAACGGUUGCGCUGAAAGAUCUUCAGAAAGAAGGCUGCCAGGCUUUUAUAUGGGAACAAGCAGAGGAGGCCGAUGGGACGAAGCACAUCCGGGCCGUGUCACCCACCAAGUCUAACCCAGAGUCAGAGAGUGAGAUGUCACUGCUGGUCAUCGACGAGAUGGACACGGUGUGACGUGACAAGAUGUCACUACUGGUCAUAGAUGAGAUGGACACGGUGACGUGACGAGAUGGACACGGUGUGACUUGAUUAGAUGGAAGCGGUGUUACUUGACGAUAUAUAAUAAAGUUACCAGCCACAGAACCAUAUCAGACAUGCUAGCUUAAUUUUGCUUAGCAAAACUUUUAAGCAAAACUGUCUUUACUUUUUGAAACUGUGCCCUGUGCUUUGUUUGCUUAGCAGGUGACUACUCUAUGCUUUGACAACAUCUACAUGCUAGAGUUAGGGUUAAGCCCAGAGCAUACUUUUUUUUGAAAGGGAAUGUGAAGCGAAUUAUGGUUAGGCAAUUCGUUCCACAUAUUUUCCAGUUUUGACGCAAGAAAUGUUGUCCUUCGCGUGUAUGAACCUUUUGGAGUGUGGUACAUAGAGCUGUCAGAACAUAGGGGCUGUCGAGACUUCUAUAGGGGUCUAUGAACAUAGGGGCUGUCGGAACAUCUAUAGGGGUGUCAGAACAUAGGGGUGUCAGAACAUAGGGUUGUCAGAACAUAGGGGUGUUAGAACAUAGGGGUGUCAGAACACAGGGGUGCCGGAACAUAGGGGUGCCGGAACAUAGGGGUGUCGGAACAUAUGGGUGUCGGAACAUGGGGGUGUCGGAACAUAGGGGUGCCGGAACAUAAGGGUGCCGGAACAUAGGGGUGCCAGAACAUGGGGGUGCCAGAACAUGGGUGUUCCAGAACAUAGGGGUGCCAGAACUAGGGGUGUCGGAACAUAGGGGUGUCGGAGCAUAGUGGUGCUAAAAAAUAAGGGUGUUAAUCACAGAGACUUGGCUUAACUUGCACUUUACUGAUAAAAUAAUUAUAACGAGUUUAGCUCCAAAUGUGUAUUCAAUUCUUCUUAUUUAUAUCAAAUGAACUUGAGAUGUACAACACUUUGAAAAACUGAAC